UAACAGCGUGAUUUAAGAUUUUUAAGCAGUUUUUUUUUAACUUUCUGAUUAUAUUUGAAUAAUUGAAAUGUUAAUUCACUUUCUGUAAGUUUUUUUUAAACAAACUGCUCUUUCAUGUGUUUUUCGGCGCUAUUAACAAAAUGAUCACAUCAACUUUAACAAGCACUUUACCAAAAGAACUCUUUAACUCCAGUUUAGCGCCAGCUUAGUGUGAGUAUACGUUUUAUUUCCGACUUCAGACAGUUCAGUUCCCGUGAACGCUCUAAUGUCGGAAGUAGGAGGUUCCGUGUUCAGUAUAUGAUCUACACAUAAUGCUCAGGAAGAAUUCCGGGUCAAUUAUUAUUACAAGAUCAGCUGCUGUAACACGCAUGCGUCAAAUCAGAGUUACAGAAAUACUCGCCGAGCGAUGAGAUUUGCCGUCAGUGGAUAUACAUGAAUAAAAAAAAUCUUUUUAAAAAAGACAGGCUAUUUGUUGGCUUUUUAUAUAUAAUUUUUAUUUAUUUUUUUGCAAAUUUUUAGUAGAGCAUUUUACUGGGGGAAAGUAAAGCUAUGCAAGCAGGUGAGGUUUCUCUUUGCCACGCCCAUCCCGGAACAUUAGCGAUAUUUUGAUUGUAAGGUGACGUGGAUACGCAGCUGGUCGCCUCCUCUUGAGUCAUUUGGAUGUGUUAGAGAAGUAAAGCGACCUGCUUUGGACUGUUUUUGGCCGUGUGUUGAGUGCUACUCGCAGAAAUGCGGCUACAGUAGUGACUGUAAGGAGCUGAAGCGAGAAGAGGCGGCUUUCCCCCGAGGCUGAGCUCGGAACAGGAGCGUUUCUGGACUGCGGGCAGCGGAAACAGGGACUAUGAUGGCAACUCUUGGCUGGAUCAUGUGCUCUCGGCUGCUUCUUCUGUGCCUGUUUCCACAAGUUGCCUGGACAACCACUUACAAGGAAGGCGAUCCCGUCAUGCUUUACGUGAACAAAGUGGGGCCUUAUCAUAAUCCCCAGGAAACCUACCAUUAUUAUACGCUCCCUGUCUGCAGACCCAAAGAGGUGCGCCAUAAAGCCUUAAGCCUAGGCGAGGUUUUGGAUGGUGACAGGAUGGCAGAGUCUUUGUACAGCAUCCACUUCAGGCAGAACACAGAAAAACAGACGCUAUGUCAGCUCACACUGUCAGAGAAAGAGGUGGAUCAGUUGAGAGAAGCAAUUGAAGAGCUGUAUUAUUUUGAAUUUGUCCUGGAUGAUAUUCCAAUCUGGGGCUUUGUGGGAUAUAUGGAGGAAAGCGGUUUCCUGCCUCACAGUCACAAGGUUGGGUUGUGGACCCACUUGGACUUCAAUAUUGAGUAUAAUGGCAACUCUGUGAUCUUUGCCAACGUGUCUGUUAAAGAUGUGAAGCCGGUGCCUUUGGAGGAGGGAGGAGGCGACGGGGCAAAUGGCAAUAGUGGAGGUCUCUCAGUGACCCACACCUACAGCGUACACUGGUUUGAGAGCCCCUUGCCCCAUGCGCGCAGAGCCGAGCGUCUCCGAGACUACUCCUUCUUCCCUAAGACUCUGGAGAUCCACUGGCUGUCAAUCAUCAACUCGUUGGUGCUGGUGGUGCUGCUGUUAGGCUUCGUUAUCAUCAUCCUUAUGAGGGUCUUAAAGAAUGACUUUGCCAGAUAUAAUGUAGAAGAAGAUGGCAGCUGUGAUGAUCUGGAUCAGGGUGAUAACGGCUGGAAGAUCAUUCACACAGAUGUCUUUCGUUUUCCACCAUACAAAAGCUUGUUGUGUGCUGUGCUUGGAGUAGGAGCUCAGUUUCUUACUUUGGCCACUGGAAUUAUCAUCAUGGCAUUGCUAGGGAUGUUCAACGUGCAUCGCCAUGGAGCCAUAAACUCUGCAGCGAUUGUAUUGUAUGCGCUGACUAGCUGUGUGUCGGGAUACUGCUCGUGUAGCUUCUACACCCAGAUCCAUGGUCACCGCUGGGUUUGGAACAUCAUCCUCACCUCCACCCUCUUCUCUGCUCCUCUCUUUCUGACCUGGAGUGUAGUAAACUCUGUACACUGGUGGAGUGGUUCCACACAGGCACUCCCUGCAUCUACAGUGCUCCUGUUGUUAGGUGCUUGGGUGCUAGUGGGUUUUCCCCUUACAGUCAUUGGGGGAAUUGUGGGUAAGAACCGGGCCGGCAGCUUUCAGGCUCCAUGUCGCACACGCAACAUUCCGCGCCAGAUCCCAGAGCAACCCUGGUACAAACACACAGCUGUGCACAUGGCCAUUGGUGGAUUCCUGCCUUUCAGUGCCAUCUCAGUGGAGCUCUACUACAUAUUUGCAACUGUGUGGGGUCGGGAGCAGUACACACUUUAUGGCAUCUUGCUCUGUGUCUUCGCCAUCCUGCUGUCUGUGGGAGCCUGCAUCUCUGUGGCUCUCACCUACUUCCUGCUGUCGGGUGAAGACUAUCGCUGGUGGUGGCGAAGCAUUCUGAGUACGGGAUCCACUGGCCUCUUCAUAUUUGUCUACUCACUUUUCUACUAUUGGAAUCGAUCAAGCAUGAGUGGUCUGGUGCAGAGUAUGGAGUUCUUUGGCUAUUCCUUACUCACUGCAUUCGUGUUCUCACUCAUGCUUGGGACUGUUUCAUUCUGGGCCUCACUGGCAUUUAUCCGUUAUAUCUAUCGCAGCCUGAAGAUGGACUGAAGAAUGUUGGCCAAUAACACUUGUGCACUAGCCCCUUUUUCUCUGUUGCUGGACACUUCAUUGUGAACUGUUUCUCACAUCAAAAUGGAGUAUAGUUGUUUUUCGGGAAAUGGAUUAUAAACUCUCGUCUCUUUAAAAUAUUUGAGAUUUUCUCAAAGAGAGACUGAUGCUUAAAAUUCCUAAGAUGCAUAGUUAAAUUAAAUUAGCAAAUAUUUACUUAAAAUAUUUGUAUUUGAGUGAGAUGAAAGCAGAGUGGAAAACUACUGCAUGUCCAUUUAUUAUACCGUUGCAGCAAAAGUUUCUGAAAUUGAAUCUGACUUGUUUAGUAAUGGUAUUUGGUUUGUCCAGUGCAUAGUGCAUUCAAUGAUUCAGAUUAAUAGUUUAAAAUUAAAUCACAGAACUAGUACUUCAUAUGGGUUCAGAAAUCAGAAAAUGGUUUAAUGUAUAGCUUAUGAGAUAUGAUAUGUAUUAUAUAGAUGGGGUGUGUGUGUGUGUGUAUGUAUGUGUAUGUACACAUACAUAAAUACAUGUGUGUGAAUAUAUACAUUUGCAAAAGGGACAGUUUUUUUUUUUUUUUUUUUAUUCUUAACGUGGCAUGGACAAUAAGGUUAAAUACAAAGAGGAGCAAGUAAACAGGGUGGCAGUGAGAGGAGCAUUGAAUAUAAAGUACAUAAAGGGAAUAAUUUUAGAAAGGAGAUUUAUGAUGAUGAAGUGGAAAAAAUCAGACCAACAAGAAAGAAACUAACAAAAGUAGACAUUCUUGAAACUAUUUAUGCUAUAUUAAAUCUGCUAUAGCAGUAUUAGAAAGCAUAACUAAAUAAACAAAUCAGGAGCUGUCUGGUUUAAGGUCUGUUAGUUUAGAGAACUAUUACCUGUCUUUGGAGUGAAACAGGACAAAAGUUUGCAAGAUGCAGGUUUUAUCAGACGUGAAUAAUAUGGGUCAUGGGAGCAAUAUGUUCUACUAUAGUCACCAUUUACUGUGAUUUUAUUUCAGAUGUACAUAUACAAUCUUUUCAAUAAAGCUACCUUUUUCCUACAAAAAAGAAUCUCUAA